AUGGUUUAUGAUUCGUCGUUCCUGCUGACUGUGAAGGAUCGCGUAACAGAAAAACUUAAGACUCUUGGUGCAUUCAUUGAUGAUGAACUUCCGGAUUAUAUUAUGGUUAUGGUUGCGAACAAAAAAAGUGAAAGCGCUAUGGCUAAAGACUUACAGUUGUUCCUGGGUGAACAUACCAAUAAGUUUACUGAAUGGCUCCACCAAACGCUUGAAAACUUAAAAGUUAUAGGUCGUGACUCUAGUGGUGGACGUAGAGAUAAUGAAAGUGUACGGUCUUCACGAUCAAAGUCUGGGCGACGGAAGGGUCGUAAAUCACGUUCGUCUGAAUCUCGCAGUGAUUCUCCCAAGUUCUCGAAUCGUUCUAGAUCGAGGUCGCCUUUAGAACCAGUUAAACAUGGUAGAUAUGCUAAUAGUUCCCGCGAACCGCACGCGGAAGUAGAUGGCAGUGUAAAGGCAGCAGCAGGUGAGAUGAAUUAA